AUCACUGAUGUUCAUGCUUCGGACUUUGGAAUGCUUUAUUACUACUCUAUUUAUCACUAUUUGGAUGUAUUCAUGUAAAUGGUAGAUCGUAGAUGUCCAUUGUCUACUUCUCAUCAUAUUAUAUUUACAUAUUAUUUACAUGAUAUUAAUACAUUAUAGAUCCUUAUUUAUUUCUAGACUUGUCAGGUCAUUUGCUAACUUCAUCAAUGUUGUUUAUUUAGUUUUUCUAUUUCUAUUUCAAUUUGUUUAUAUUUUGUAUUCUACUUGGGUAGGGAGUUCUAAAUUAUUUAUAUCAUUUAAUUUUGUAAUUGCCAUUUGAGUGCUUGGCUUAAGUUGUAAAUUGUCGGCUGUGUUUGUGUAACUACUGCCAAUAUUCUUGACACCACUGUUCGACGUUAGUCAUUAAUAAUAGACACCUACUUAGAAGUACCUAGUUAAAAUGGAUCUCAAGAUUGUUUCCAGUAAUAAAAGUUUUGGUGGCUACCAGAAAGUAUAUGAACAUUUUAGUCCUACAUUGCAAUGUAACAUGAAAUUUGGCAUUUACUUACCUCCGGGAGAAAGUGAAAAUGAAAAAUUUCCGGUAUUAUUUUACUUAUCGGGUCUUACAUGUACUGAACAAAAUGUUAUCACUAAAGCAGGAUUUCAAAAAUAUGCUGCUCAAUACAAAAUAAUUGUUGUUUCUCCUGACACUAGUCCUAGAAACUGUAACAUCCCUGGUGAAGAUGAUAAAUGGAAUCUGGGGUCUGGGGCUUCUAUGUAUGUAAAUGCUACCCAAGAACCAUGGAACAAACACUAUCAAAUGUUUACCUAUAUAACUGAUGAACUCCAACAACUUGUAUUAAAGAGUUUCCCAAUUAUUCAAGAAAAAAUAUCUAUUUUUGGACAUAGCAUGGGUGGGCAUGGAGCAUUAUUAUGUGCUUUACUUAACCCAGGCAUGUAUAAAUCAGUGUCAUUAUUUGCACCUGUUUGCAAUAUUUCUAAUUCGCCCACAUUAAUUGAUGGAUUGAAAACAUUAAUUGGAGAGGAAGAGGAAAUUCUGCAAAAAUGGGAUACAACAUUUUUAGUAAAAAAAUAUGAUGGCCCCGAAUUAGAAAUAUUAAUACAUGUGGGUACUGAUGAUGAAUUUUUAACAAAAGAUUUACUAAUUGAUAAUUUUGUGAAAGCAGCCAAUGAGUGUAAAGAUAAUAAAAUCAAGACUAAAGUAUUUCUUGAAGAUGGUUAUGAUCAUGGAUAUUAUUUUAUAUCAACAUUCAUUGAAGAGCAUUUUAAAUUUCAUUCAUCUAAAUUAUCUUUGUAAUGUAAUUUUACAUUUAUUUUUUUUUAAAUAAAAUAAUUUCCAUGAAUGUUAUUAAACUGUUAACAAUGUAUAAUUAAUAUUUAAUUAAAUACUUAAUUUAUCCCUUAGGCCAAACAAUUUAAUAGGGAAAUAUAAAAGCACCCUCCUAAACAAUUAAAUAGCUAUAUAAUUAAAUAAACUCUUAGUUUUUAUACUAAAACUACAUAGCACAUACCCAUAGAAAUGUCAAAUUCUUAACCUGGGUAAUGUGUUAUGAAUAUUAAUUUUACAUGUUAGUUUUCUAAUUAAUUGUAUUGUUCAAAGAUCAAAUGUAUUUCAUUUCUGUUAUUUUCUUAACCAACUAUAACCAUUUAAAACAUAAUCAGUUCAUUAAUUUAUUAAAAAUAAUUAAACUAUAUUUACACAUCAGUA